UCAGGAGGGUGCAAAAACGUUUUCCACACCACUGUUCUUGCCAGUUCUAUGUUUAUUUAUCCUGCCUUUUAAUUAUUCUUAUGAGGUGGCAUACAUUAUCUUCUCCAAAGAAAAUCUUGACAUGUUUCCUCUUACGUCAGUGCCGGGUUCAAAUCGCUUUCCAGGAGCUUGAUGUUACAUAAUAUACAGAAAGAAUGUUUAGGCAUUCAUCAGUAGAUAUCAUGUGUCGGCCAAGACCUUGCUCAGUGAUGUACAGUAUUUUCUGAGCAAAUACUGCAGCCAAUCAGAAGACAGAUCUCCCAAGGGUAAUCUAAGUGGGAGGGAGGGCAUAGUAUCCCCUUGUGACCCAACUGGGCAAUGAAGGGCUCAAAGGAGCAAUGGCCUCAAAGCAGUCACAUCUUGCAGAAGACCUGUCAUGCCCCAUCUGUGGAAAUAUCCUACAAAAGCCCGUAGUGCUGUUUUGCAGACAUCGCUUCUGUAAACUCUGUCUGGAGAGCCUGUGGAAUGGUGGAGGAUCUUGCGAAUGCCCCCUUUGCUUUCAGCCAUCAUCUAUGGGGGAGCUCAUAGUCAACACCACACUUGAAAAGACCUGCGAGGGCUUUCUGGAGCGCUGCAAAAAUGACCCUCUUGCGUGCAAGGAGCAUGGCGGGACCUUGACGCUCUUUUGUUUGGAGGACCUGGAACCCACUUGUAGCACAUGCAAAUCAUCUGCCAACCACAAGAGUCACAGGUUAUAUCCCUUAAAUGAAGCUUCACAUGACUGCAAGGAGGAACUCAAAAAUGCUUUGAAACCACUUCAGCAUAAACUGAAGCUCUUCCAAAAAGCAAAACUCACUUGUGAGCAAGCAAUAGACCAUAUUAAGAGUCAGGCAGAGAACACAGAGAGGCAGAUACGAGAGGAGUUUGAGGCACUGCACCAGUUCCUGAGACACGAGGAGGCGUCCAGGCUUUCGGUGCUAAAGCAGGAGGAGGAUCAGAAAAGGCAGAUGAUGAAUGAUAAGAUUGAAGAUUUGGACAAUGACAUCUCUUCACUUAGCAACACUAUAAGAAUUGUUGAACAGGAGAUGAGAUCUCAGGAUAUCCCAUUCCUCAAGAAUUAUAAAGACACCAUAAAGAGAACCUGGCGUAUUCCCCAGGACCCAGAGAUGAUAACAGGUUCACUGCUUGAUGUAGCCAAACAUCUAGGCUCAUUAAAGUUUAAAGUCUGGGAAAGAAUGAUGGAAACCAUUCGAUAUACUCCAGUGACUCUUGAUCCAAACACUGCGGCAAGCUGCUUCCUCCUGUCGGAGGAUCUGACUACAAUACAGUGCUGUUCUCAGACCUUUAAACUCCCAGAAAACCCAGAGCGCUUCGAUAUAGGUGCAGAGGUGCUGGGCUACGAGGGCUUCAGCUCUGGGCGACACAGCUGGGACGUGGAGGUCAAAAACAACACUUACUGGGUCAUUGGAGUUGCAAGUGCAUCCAUCAGCCGGAAGGGAAAGCACGUACUGACCCCUGCAGAGGGAUUCUGGACCAUUAGGCUACGAAACGGAGAGUAUAAGGCCUGUACUGCCCCAUGGUCCCCGCUCACUAUGACUAAGGAGCCGCAGGUGGUGAGAGUCGUAUUGGACAUGAACAGGUCCAGGGUGACUUUCUACGACCCACGAGAGAGAACGCCUCUGUUCACCUUCACGGACAUCAUCACUUCGAGAGCAUUCCCAUACUUCUGCAGCGCCUGUAAGGAGCACCCACUGAAAGUGUUGCCAGCGUGGAUCUCUAUUAAGACAGACUGAGGUGAAGAACGUGCCUCUCAGCGUCUCUUUCCUCAAGUCUCACCUCUCGUGUCAAGCCCGGCUCACACUGAGUGAAUCUGGCCACUAUUUGGUCGUCUUAGACAAAUUUCAAAAAUCCCCAAAAAUUCCUAUAAUCCAAGGCUGAAAUCUGUUGUCUUUGAUUGCUGGUUUGACACGUUCACCGACAGCUGUAUAAUGGCUGUCACGAUUAAAUUUGACCUCUGUUAUGAAAUUCUGGCAGUGCCAGAAGAUUUGGUGCGCACUCCUGCAGUGACUUGUCCUACCAAGAACGCCAAACUGUUUUCAAGACAAGCCAUGAUCAUAAUUAAUGCUAGAGAUUUCUUAUAGCUGCAUAAACUCAUUCUCUCCUGUCCUCUGCUCACAGAAUUCAAACGAUAUGUUGUCUUUGCUGUGAUAAACCCCGGUGGUGCCACUGUUUUCAUUUCCUAGAGCUCUCUGAUCCAGCCAUAGACAGCAAUGAUCCAGAAACAUUUCAGCCUUAAUCUUAAACUCUGCAGACCCGGUACCGGGUCCGAAAAUAGCAUGCCACAUGUUUGUGUCUCAUUUGCAUAUCCUUCCU